AUGAAGCUCCUCACAUAUGUCUUGUUGGCAGUGUCAGCUUCGGCCGCGUUUGUCGACCCGCAGGGAAGACGGGUGGUAGACCGUAAGGUAGAACAACAAGUCGAGGCCCCAAAGGCGCGUGACCUGGCGUUCGAUAUCAGGCACUCAAAUGAAAGGAAGAAAGCCAACGGAACGGCACAGGCGGCCGAAGCUCAGCAGGCGAGCAACACGACGUCAAGGUUUAUCGCAGUCCGCAAGUCAAGCAAUGCGACAGCGAGAGCGUUGCGUAGGGCGACCAGGGCAUCCAAGAAUAACACGGCACGUGGCGUGCGGGAAGACGGAAGGGCGUACUUUGGAUAA